AUGGGUAUCAAACAGCUCUACCAAGUGAUCGCAGAAAAUGCGCCCGAUGCGAUCAAGACGGGUGAUAUUAAGCAGCAUUUCGGCCGUAAGGUCGCAAUCGACGCAUCAAUGAGUAUCUAUAGUUUCAUGAUCGCCGUGCGCUCUGAAGGCCAGCAACUUAUGAGUGACACCGGCGAGACGACAUCACAUCUGAUGGGCAUGUUCUACCGUACACUACGCAUGGUGGACAACGGCAUCAAACCUGUAUACGUGUUCGACGGCGCACCACCAAAGCUCAAGUCGGGCGAAUUGGCCAAACGUUCCGCACGAAAGUCAGAGGCUACCGAGGCCCAUGAGGAGGCCAAGGAGACCGGCACUGCGGAGGAUGUUGAAAAGUUCUCGCGCCGGACGGUCCGGGUGACAAGGGAGCAUAAUGCAGAGUGCAAAAAGCUUAUGAAGCUCAUGGGUGUUCCGUAUAUUGAUGCACCGACGGAGGCUGAGGCUCAAUGUGCGGCGCUCGCACGGGCAGGCAAGGUCUACGCGGCUGCUUCGGAGGAUAUGGACACAUUAUGCUUUGAGACGCCGAUUCUUUUGAGACAUUUGACGUUCGCUGAGCAGCGAAAGGAGCCAAUUCAGGAGAUUCACUUGAAGCGUGCGCUUGAGGGACUUGGGAUGGACCGUAACCAGUUCAUUGACCUCUGUAUCCUUCUCGGAUGCGACUACCUCGAACCCAUCCCCAAGAUCGGCCCCAACACGGCGUUGAAACUGAUCCGGGAACACGGCAGCCUGGAAAAGGUAGUCGAGUACAUGGAAAGCGACCCUAAGAAGAAAUUCACAAUCCCCGAAGACUGGCGCUACCAGGAUGCGCGUGAGCUAUUCAUCAAGCCGGACGUACGGGACGCGGACCACCCAGACUGCGAUUUCAAAUGGGAAGCCCCUGACGUGGAGGGACUCAUUGACUUCCUGGUGAGGGACAAGGGAUUCAACGAGGAUCGUGUGCGCAACGGUGCGGCGCGUCUGCAGAAGAACCUUAAGUCGGCGCAGCAGUCGCGGUUAGAAGGAUUCUUUAAGCCGGUAGCGCGGACGGAUGAGGAGAAGGCGAGUUUGAAGCGCAAGAACGACGAGAAGAUUCAAGAGCAGAAGAAGCGGAAGAAGGACGAGGCCAAAGCUAAGAAGGAGGCUAAGGCGAAGCCCCGUGCUUCUUGA